AAACACAUGCUCCAACAACUCCUUGCAGAGAAACAGCAGCUGAACCUUUGCAUAGGAGCCAACAUGAUCCCUUCAGUUACACUCAAUAAUGGAGAGAAUAUGCCUAUUAUGGGUCUGGGAACAUGGAGGGCUGAGCCAGGAAAAGUCACUGAGGCUGUUAAGGAGGCAAUUAAGGAAGGAUACAGGCACAUUGAUGGUGCUUAUAUCUACCGAAAUGAAGAAGAAGUUGGGGCUGGAAUUCUUGCCAUGAUUGACCAAGGAGUUGUAAAGAGGGAGGAUCUAUUCAUUGUCAGUAAGCUGUGGUGCACCUUCCAUGUUCCCUCUCUGGUGAAGGGAGCCUGUCAGAAGACGCUCAGUGACCUAAAACUGGACUACUUGGACCUAUUCCUUAUGCACUCCCCAAUAGGAAUGAAGCCUGGGGAGGAGCUAUACCCCAUCGAUGAGAACAAGAAGGUCAUUUCUGAUGGAAGUAACUUCUUGGAUACGUGGGAGGCUAUGGAAAAGCUGGUGGAUGAUGGGUUGGUCAAGUCCAUCGGCAUCUCAAACUUUAACAAAGACCAGAUUGAAGCCAUACUCAACAAGCCAGGCCUCAAGUACAAGCCUGCCACCAACCAGGUGGAGUGCCAUCCGUACCUGACCCAGGAGAAGCUCAUCAACUACUGCCACUCAAAGGGCAUCUCAGUGACUGCCUACAGCCCCCUUGGCUCCCCAGACAGACCCUGGGCCUCCUCUGAUGACCCUUCACUGCUGGAGGAACCUCAGAUCAAGGCAAUCGCUAACAAAUACAACAAGACCCCAGCACAGGUACUCCUCAGGUUCCACAUUCAGAGGAAUGUGAUCGUCAUCGCCAAGUCAGUAACGCCCCAUCGAAUCAAGGAAAAUAUACAGUUGUUUGAUUUUGAGAUGAGUGAAGACGACAUGAAGACCAUACUGAGCUUGAACAAGAACUGGAGAGGCUUCAUAUUUGAGAUGGCAGCUGAUCACAAAGACUACCCCCUGAAUACAGAAUACUAACACAUCAGAUAACGUGGUGCAACGAUAAUGUCCUAACUAAGCUUGUACUGUAUCAUGUCUGUGUAAAGUUUAUCAUGUUAAAUCAUUGUAAAGUACACUUAAUAAAGUUGUAUGAGGAGUUUAUUCAGUGGGUGAAAUACCCACACUGUAACUAGCUUGUCUAUUUUCAUUAAAUGUCAUUACCAUAGACAGUAUAAAAGAUUGACAACGUGACGUAAGUACAAAAGUGAAGCAAAGUUAUUUGACGCUAAUGUGGGGUGUAACACCAUGACUUACAGCUGUGUAGACAAAUGAGGUGUGUGCAUCUGGUGAGCAGAGUGGAGGACAAAUGGUGAGACAAGCCUAAUGAAUACUAACACAAGAGUCAUUGCCCUCCUUUAUUGUGCUUCAAACAGAUGCAUUGAUCUGUUCCACUAUAGACUGAGCCAACCUGAAGGAUCCUUGCUGCUUUAUCAGCAGGUUGAGUUCACACUACAAAUAAGCUAGCUCAAACUUCAGCUCCCAGAGAUUAAAAUGAGUUGGUCCUUGUUCUUCAUUUGAAAUUUAGAACUCAGUCCACUGUCCAAAAAACGUCCAAAGUUCACAUUAUUAUUUUUUUUAGCUACACCUAGCUUCACUCAUGAAUUAGAGCCUCAUAUACUUUGAUUCCUCGCUCUCAAUCACUGACAUUUCCAAAACUAAAUAAAACAUUGUAUGCUACUA